CAAAUAACAAAAACUGCCUAGGCAGGAAUCAUCAAAUGUCCCAACACAAGGACGAUCCAACGGCAUAGCUUUGACGAUAUCCAUAAAUUGUGAGCUGUUCACUCCUCCUCGACAUAUUUUGUUGAGUUGCCCUACGAAAUUCCCCCAUGACCUCCCAGCCGAAUCUUCAAUAUCCUCUUUCGAUACUUGUACUCCACCAAGUGCUCGAUACUCCCAAUCCACCAUGAUUAACAAUUCAUGGGCUGAGUAUGUCUUUAUCCGCACUUGCAUUUUUGCUCUGCAGAGUAUACCACUUGUUAGUUUAGCAUAUUGUUUCAGUCUCGCAUGUACUACUUUCUUCACGAACUACGAAUUUUACAGAGUCUCGCGCGGUGUAGAAUGGGUGUUUCUGGCCGAAUCUUUCUUCUUCCUCUUUUGCUUCCUGCCGUAUCGCAUUUGGCUUCAACAAGAGGCUGUACAUCCACCAGCACCUUCGCGAGAAGAGAGAUCGAUUUUAUAUCAGAGGUGUUCGGAUAAUAUCACGGAUCCGGAAGCGUACUUGCAGAAAUGGUUUUUGGGUGCGGAUAUCAGGGAGAUUAGGAAGGAGAAUGUAAAGGAGUUCUUUCUUUGGGCUUUCUUUAAUCGUGGUGGACCGCCGGGGGAUGAUGAUGAGGAGUUGGAAGAAUAUAUUGGGGUUUUGGAGAGGCAGUUAGGGAGGGAGAUUCCGGAGGGAAGGGGAAAUGCUAAGUGUUUGAGGUUGACAUUGGAUGAGGUUGUUAUGUCGCAUAGGAGUUUGAUUUGGUAUUGUUGUGUCGGGUUUGUUGACUUCUUAACGUUCUGUUCUCUGCGCUACCAUGGCUUCAACUUCUACCGCACGAAUCUCAAACAAUCCCUCAGCAUCAUUCCCAUUCGCCCGCAAAGUCUAAUUACUACAUACCAUUCACCUGCUCAGCAUAUAUCGUAUUGGCACCGACCCCACACUACGAAAACCAAGCUCCCAGUCGUUUUCAUCCAUGGCAUCGGCAUCGGUCUAUAUCCCUAUACCAAUUUUCUUAACGAACUCAAUGCCUCCACUGGCACACCGGAUGAUCACAUUGGCAUUCUCGCUCUCGAAAUAAUGAAUAUUAGUUUUCGUCUCACUCAUUCUGCUCUCUCGCGCGAAGAAACCGCUCUCGAAAUAUCCCAAAUCAUAAGUCAACAUUUUGGGCCAGAUCAGAAAUUCGUCCUCAUUUCUCACUCGUACGGCACGGUAGUGACUACCCACCUUCUGCAAUCUCCAGUUUUAUCCCCGCGCAUCGGUCCAAUUGUUCUCAUCGAUCCUGUCUCCAUCUGCUUGCAUUUACCUUCUGUCGCAUUUAAUUUCACUCGUCGAAUCCCGAAAGAUGCGAAUGAGUAUCAAUUGUACUAUUUCGCAAGCAUGGAUCCGGGAGUUAGUCAUACACUGGGAAGGAAAUUCUUCUGGAAUGAGAAUGUGCUAUGGAAGGAAGAUUUUGAGGGGAGGAAAGUUACGGCAAGUUUGGCUGGAAGAGAUUUGAUUGUGGAUACGGAGGCAGUGGGGAGGUACUUGAGUUGUGGGAAUUUAUCUGGUAGAUCGACGCCGAGCUUGAGGGCCACGAAUGGGAAUGCGAACGGGACAGUCAAGAGUACUUUCAACGUAAAUGUCACGCCUUUGAUAGAUAUUGACGAGUCGGAAGUUGGAGAAGUAGAAAGACCCAUAGAUGGAGAAGUAAUGCGAGAAGACGAAGUGGAUAUGGAAGAUGAGGAUGAAUGGAAGUAUAGAGAGUGGAAGGGUGUAGGAGCAGAAGUUUUAUGGUUUGGGACGUUGGAUCACGCGCAGGUUUUUGACAAGAAGUCGACGAGGAGAAGAAUUAUUGAUGUUGUGAGGAAAUAUUGCGAGAAUGAUUAGGAAAUAGGGGUAGCGGGAUGAUGAUGAAAAAUUGUUUGCGAUUCGAAGACUUUCGAGGGUUAGAGAGGAGCAUAGAUCAGAUUCGAUUAAAUAUCGAAGACGUAGACAGAACAGAUGUAUAAGAUGGCGGAAUGGAGGUAGAGGUAGAGGUAGAAGCGGAGUAACAGUUCGAAUACAUACCUACAAAGAAAGUGCCUCGAUUCUCGUUGAAUACCUAAACGUCUUAC